AUGAAUCCGAAUUUUGUCCAAAGAAUUUUUGGUGCUAGUGUGCUGCUCCUGGUAGGAAUAUCGGUAUACACCUACCACAAGAGCCCGGCCAUCCGGACGCAGCUGGCUUUCCAUUUUGAUCUCGGCGUGGAUCACGAUGAGUCGUCGCUUUUCAAUGCAUCACUUCAUCGCAAGCUCUACUCAUCUUCGACAUUGGACCGCAAAUAUUUUACCAUAGACUUUGGCGACGAUCAGACGUACAACCCAUCUAUCAUCCCUCAUCCCGCUGCGCAAGAUAUCUACAUUGCCUCAGCGGUAUGGAUCCAGACAUCCGGAGACACCUCCGUCAACAAGCAAUUGGUGUGCAACGCCACUUUUGUUGACGGUGUAUUGAAAUGUUUCAGUGUGCCUUACGCCUUGGCUGUCGAGGCAACUGAGGGGCACUGCGAGGGUGACGAAGGCCUCUUCAACUUCGGAAAAGGCCCACGGGAUCCGCGCGUCUUCUACGGUCUUGAUGGACCAUAUAUCAUGUAUGGAUCUCUUGCCACUCGUAGCUGUCUUGGGUUAUUUCUCCAAAACUUGGGCACGUUAGUUCCCGACUUCCAAGACACUCUUGAGGGAGGUCAGGAAUUCUACAAUGGCACCGAGUUGCAAAGACCUCCUCCCUACGCCUCGAUGCAAAAGAACUGGUUCCUCUUUUGGGAUGAACGAGGUCAGAUCUACGUCCACCACGAUAUGUGGCCCGUGCGGAGUUUCGCACAACUCUCACCAGAUGGCUCCAUCGGUCCCAACCUAGCUCUUCUGUCCCAAGAACACGACGUGACAUGUAUGGCUGCUUACAUGCCUCAACUUCCCGAGGAAGGGGAGAAGAUACAUCAAGCAACCAACUCUCUCAUGAUCACCCUUUGCAAACGCACGGAUACCAAAUGCUCUCCGACCGACGACAACACAUUUAUCAUGACAAUUCUCCAUCACCAAACAUGGUAUAGUUGGCACGCUCAAUAUUAUCCCCAUGUCGUUCUUUUCAAGCGAACCGCUCCUUUUGAGCUCUACUCGAUUUCUCGUAAAUCUCUCUGGAUCAACGGCAAGACUGAUAUUACCAACACCACUCAAUCAUUGGUGUUAGCCAAAGGCGCCGUGCCGAGUCCACCGCAAACCGAGCUGGUGUAUAUAACAAGCAUGAGCUGGAAGUCUCCUGGUCAGCGCUAUCACGGAUACAUUGACGAUCCACUCUUUCUGUCUUUCGGAAUCGAGGACGCGCGGUCUGCUGCAAUCGAUGUGGUUGCUGGCGAUUUGUUGAAAGACUUUGGCUUGUGUGCAGAUGUUGUCGGAUGA